GUGUUCUGUCCGUGUUCACGCGCCGCAGUCCGAAGAAAAUACCCGCUAACACCGCCAGGAGCUUCCCUGCAAUUUGCGAGGCAAUGGAUUUUGAAGCACUGAAAAAAUACUCAGUGCUGCAUCCUAAGCCUGCUGGACUUACUCUUCAGUAUGGCACUGCCGGAUUCCGCAGCAAGGCAGAGCAGCUCGAUCACGUCAUGUUCCGCAUGGGCUUGCUGGCAGCUCUCAGGUCCCGAGCCACAGGAUCUACCAUCGGUGUCAUGGUUACAGCAUCUCACAAUCCUGAAGAAGAUAAUGGUGUGAAGCUGGUUGAUCCUCUCGGUGAAAUGCUGCAUCCUUCCUGGGAAGAAUAUGCCACCCAACUCGCAAAUGCAGAGGAGCAAGAAUUACAGAAAACACUAACUGAGAUCUGCCAAAAAGCAGCAGUGAACCAGCAAAAAGAUGCUUCAGUGUUUCUUGGUAGAGACACCAGACCAAGCAGCAAGAAGCUUUCGCAGGCAGUAGUAGAUGGUGUCUCCGUUCUAGGUGGUCAGUACCACGAUUAUGGUCUGGUGACCACACCGCAGCUACAUUAUGUGGUCUGCUGUCAGAACACCCGGGGGCAGUAUGGGAAACCAACACUGGAAGGUUAUUACCAAAAACUAUCCAAAGCUUUUAUGGAACUGAUAAAAAAGUCUCCCAGCUCUGGAGAGGGUCAGAGGUAUCUGAAGAUUGACUGUGCCAAUGGUAUUGGAGCCCUGAAACUGUCGGAGAUGCAGCCCUACCUCCCAAAGGAGAUGCUAAUUCACAUCUAUAAUGACGGAACCAAGGAGAAACUCAAUCACCUGUGUGGUGCUGAUUUUGUAAAAGUUCACCAGAAGCCACCUAAAGGGCUAGACAUGAAGCCUAAUGAGAGAUGCUGCUCGUUUGAUGGCGAUGCAGAUAGAAUUGUGUAUUACUACACGGACACAGCUGGCCAUUUUCACCUCAUAGAUGGAGAUAAAAUAGCAACUUUGAUUAGUAUCUUCCUUAAAGAACUUCUUGCCAAGGUGGGACAGACUUUGAAGAUGGCAGUAGUACAAACAGCCUAUGCCAAUGGGAGUUCAACACGGUAUCUUGAGGAAACGCUGCAGGUUCCUGUUCACUGUGUGAAAACUGGAGUGAAACACUUGCAUCACAAAGCUCAGGAGUUUGAUGUCGGUGUUUAUUUUGAGGCAAAUGGACAUGGCACAGUACUCUUUAGUAAAGCUGCUGAAAAUACAAUAAGACAGCUGGCAAAAGAAGAGAAAGAUGAUGCAAAAAGAGAAGCAGCGAAGGUGCUUGAAAACCUGAUUGACCUCAUUAAUCAGACAGUGGGUGAUGCCAUCUCAGACAUGCUGGUGAUCGAAGCCAUCCUGGCUCUGAAAGGUCUGACUCUGCACCAGUGGGAUGCCUUCUACACCGACUUCCCAAACCGGCUGCUCAAAGUUCAGGUUGCCGACAGACAAGUUAUUGACACAACAGACGCAGAAAGACGGGCAGUUACACCUCCAGGGCUACAAGAGAAAAUUGAUGCCUUGGUGAAAAAGUACAAGUUCUCACGAGCAUUUGUCCGUCCAUCGGGAACAGAAGAUGUUGUUAGGAUAUACGCCGAGGCAGACACACAGGAGAAUGCUGAUGCCCUUGCCCAUGAAGUAAGCCUGGCCGUUUACCACCUUGCCGGUGGAAGAGGAGCACCACCCCAGCCACUAUAACAAUACAACUGCACCUGAAGUUCAUAAUGGGACUUCUUAAAAUACUAUUUUCCCUACCAUUUGCUAACGUGGAUGUACUGAACUCUUCUUGAUUGUCACAAGGAUUAAUCAGAACUGAGCAGAAUAUUA